AUGAGGACACAUUAUCCAAUUCCUCGCCACCUCAUUUACAACUCGGGCUCCCUCAUUGCCUUAUUGCUACCACAAAUCCUUCUUCUCAGUGCGCUGUCAAGUAGUGACGAGGCGCGCCUUCGCUGCCGGUAUGGCACGGACGACGCUUCCCCCAUUCACUUCCUGCCGCUCGCCGUAACCAUUCUUUUUGUGGGGUUGGUUCCAAGCAGUGGAGGUGAAGUGAUCCAAGAGUUUGAGAUUUCAGAGGGUGUGCCUGUCGGUACGAGUAUCGGGUUCAUCGGGAAACCCGUGCCAGGCUCGUCGCACCCCCCACCGCCACCACCCUACUUGAUAGUUCCCAGUCCGGGGAGUGCGGUGGACUCGGAUCUCAACAUUGAUCAGAGCAAUGGCGAGAUUCUUACCCGGAUUCAGUUAGACCGUGAAACCCGGGAUUCGUACUCCCUCGUCGCCAUCCCUUUAUCGGGGGAAAAUAUUCGCGUCAUUAUUCGUGUCAAGGAUGAAAAUGACCACUCUCCCGAAUUCCCGAGGUCCUUCAUGACGGUAGAAUUUCCAGAAAAUACGCCGCGAGAUGUGAAACGAACCCUGCAACCGGCAAGGGACAAAGAUCUCGAGAACUAUAAUACGCAAAGAUACACAAUUUCGGCUGGAAAUGUGAACAACGCUUUUCGCCUCUCAUCCCAUCGGGAAAGAGACGGCGUGUUGUACUUGGACCUGCAGGUGAACGGCUUUCUGGACCGAGAAACCACCCCGUCGUACAGCCUUUUGAUCGAGGCGUUUGAUGGAGGAGUGCCCCCUCUCAAAGGCCAAAUGACAAUCAACAUUACCAUUUCGGAUCAGAAUGACAACGCGCCGAUAUGGCAAUUCCCACGUGUGUCAACCUCUGAGAUUUAUGCGUCCAGCGACUCUGAGGACAUCACUCUCAACCAGAGUCGAUAUUUUGGAACGGUGCCCGAAAACGCCAGUAUUGGAACAGGUGUGCUCCAAGUCUUUGCCACCGAUAUUGACGACGGUCUGAACGGCCAAGUUAGCUACUCCAUCAAUCGGCGACAAACGGAUAAGGAUUCCGUGUUCAGAAUCGAUCGAAACACGGGAAUGAUAUAUGUCAAUGGGCCCCUCGAUUUUGAGACGAAAGAAGCCUACGAGCUUGUCGUUGUGGCUCGAGACAGUGGAAUCCAGCCCUUGGAAACUACCGUUUUCGUGACAAUCCGCGUCCUCGAUUUGAACGAUAAUCAAAUGGAAAUUAACGUCAGCUUCUUCUCAGGAGAAUCCGAUGACUCGCCUCCCAAAGUCUCUGAAAAAGCGCAAGUAGGCGAGUUUGUCGCCAGGAUAAGCAUCAUUGACCCCGACACGAAGCAGGAGUACAACAAUGUCAGCAUCUCCCUCGAGGGAGGAGACUCGUACUUUGGCCUCGAGACAGUGAACAGUGCCGUGUACUUGGUCGUGGGUUCUAAAAAACUGGACCGUGAAAUCAAACCAAGUUUUACUCUAAUGGUUGUGGCCAAAGAUAAGAGCAACCCUUAUCUCAAUGCCUCCACGAAAUUCACCAUUUACGUCGAAGAUGAUAACGACAGUGCUCCCACCUUCGAGGUGGAAGAGUAUCAUGCCAGCGUGUUGGAAAUGGCUGAACCAGGUUCGGUAGUGAUUCAAGUGAAAGCUCGAGACGAGGAUUCUGGAGACAAUGCCCAAAUUCUGUACGAACUCGUCUCAACCCCUGAAACCCAUAAUUGGUUUGAAAUAAAUGAGGAAACGGGGGUGAUCACGACCAAGUCUCACGUUGACUGUGAGAUUGAUCCCACCCCGAUUAUCACCGUGCUCGCCAAGGACUCUGGGAAACCCCCACUGACAGGAAGUGCAACUGUGGUGGUGCACUUAAUUGAUACCAACGAUACUCCAAUUUUCAACCAAGGAUUUUAUAACGCCUCCGUUCUUGAGACGGCCCCAUAUGGCACCUGCUUACUCAAGGUCUCCGCCAGCGAUCCAGAUUGUGGGAUCAACGCGGAAUUAUCCUACAACGUCUUGGAGUCUGUCCCUUCUGAAUUGCCAUUUUCAGUCAACUCGAAAUCUGGAGAAAUUUGUGUCUCUGGUCCAUUAGACUAUGAAAAGAAGCAUGUCUAUCAAAUCCUCGUCUCCGCGUCAGACACAGGAGGCCUCAGUUCCACCGCCGUGGUAAACAUUCAACUUCUCGACGAAAAUGACAACGUGCCCAUAUUUUAUCCACGAAGCUUUAGCGUCACCGUGAAAGAAGGCUCCCUCCCGUCCAGUCCGAUCGUGGCGGUGGCAGCCACUGACAGCGAUUCGUCCAAAUUUGGCCACAUUACAUACUCCUUCGUAGAAGGGAAUGAGGAAGGCUUGUUCUCCAUUAAUAAAAUCUCUGGGGAAAUAUCCAUGGUUCGUGAAUCGUUCAAAUCUCGUAAAAUUUAUCGUCUCCGAGUCACCGCUCGCGACGGGGAUAAUCAAAUGGCUGAUCAGAACGCGGAAGUCACCGUGCACAUGCUUGGAUCCAAUUCUCAAGCUCCCAUAUUCCAAAGGCAACGCUACGUAUUCAGCGUUCCGGAGGAUCUCAAUGUCCAAUCUUCGGUGGGAGCUGUGAGUGCGUCAGGUGCGUCAGGGAGUGGAAGAGUACGGUAUUCCAUUGUCUCUGGAGAUUCUAAAGCAUACUUCACAAUUGACCAGUACACUGGCAAUAUAAAAGUUGCGAGCAAACUGGAUCAUGAAGAACACCCACGUUUCUUUCUCAACGUACAAGCCAAACUGGACCAGCACGAAGUUAUUAGCUAUUGUCAAGUGGAAGUACGAGUUUCUGACACUAACGACAAUAAUCCUCGUUUCGAGGCUACCGAGAUCAAAAUUUGGAUUCCUGAAACGGCCGAAGUUGGAUCCAUUGUUUAUGUUGCUCAAGCAUUUGAUGAGGACAGUGGAGAAAAUGGGGAUGUCACCUACACCCUUGUGCAAAAUCCGUUCGGAAUGUUCAAAAUUGAUAAAUUCCGGGGUUUAUUGACUCUCCAGAGGCCACUGGAUUACGAGACGAUGAAAGAAUUCGGAAUUGUGAUCAAAGCUCGGGAUAAUGGUUCACCUGCGAAAUCAUCGGAAAGUCUGACGGUCCACGUGGAAGUGCAAGAUGCAAAUGAUAACGCCCCCGUUUGGUUCAAGAAACGGUACACGUUUAUGGUGAAGGAGAAAUCUUCUUCGGGAACAUUUGUGGGUCGGUUGACAAAACAGGAUAAGAAUCAAAAUGGUGCAAUCAAGUUCCAAAUGCAACCUCCAUCGGAUGACUUUCAAAUCGAUGCUGACUCGGGAAUAAUUAGCACGACGACAACUCUCUAUCGAAAUAUUACCAAACAUGAACUGACCAUUAUUGCCUACAACCAAAUCCCAACAAUGGUGAAGGCAGAGUUUUAUGUGGUGGUUCACGUGGUGGAUGUCGCGUCAAGGUUGACACUGCAAAUAUCUGACGACAAUGAUAUCAUGCAGUAUCACGUCAAUGUUACCGAGUCGUUGCCUUUGAAUACCGAAAUCACUCAGGUAAUUGCACUAGACGAGGACUUUGGAAACAAUGCUAGAGUGAGCUACAAGGUGGAGGAAUCAGCACUUCAAAACGUGGUUGGCGUUUUCCCCUCAACCGGAAUCAUUUACUUGAAAGAGCUCAUCGACAGAGAAGUUCAGGACGAAUUUAUUGUCAAAAUCAUUGCCACUGAUCACGGUAUACCCGCACUCUCCUCAACUGCCACAGUCCACAUUAAGGUUUUGGAUGAAAAUGACAACUCUCCCAAAUUUGAAAGGGAAAUCUUCAAGUUUACCAUGCGAGAGAACAAUGAGCCAGGAAUUGUCAUCGGCCAUGUUACCGCACAUGACAGAGACACUGGAGAAAAUAGUGCCAUACGAUACUUUCUUCAGCCACAACACCCCGACUUUGUUAUUGACGAUACAAAAGGAACUAUAACUGCAAAAUCAUCCCUUGACCGAGAAAAGCAGUCCAUGCACGAGCUCCAAGCAGUUGCAAUUGACCAAGGAAAUCCUCCACAGCAAUCCGAAGUCAUUGUUCAAGUUAUGUUGUCCGAUGACAACGACAACGAUCCUUUGAUUGUUGAACCAGACCAAGAUUCCAUCACGAUCAGAGAACGUCUUCCAGUUGGUACUGAAGUGGUCACCAUUGUGGCGACAGACUCGGACGAAGGAAAGAACGCCAAGAUUUCAUAUCACCUUUCCAAUGACUAUUUUGAGAUCGACAAGGACACCGGUGUUCUCAGAACUAAGAGAAUUCUUUCCCGAAGCUCUAAAACCUUUUACAAUUUACAAAUUCGUGCUCGAGAUCACGGAUCGCCUUCUCGAGAGUCCAUUCGAGAUUACAGAGUUGAAGUAGUUGACUCAACCGAUCGAAGAUCAGAGUCUCUUUUUGUGCCAUCAAAACUGCGAUUUAAGGUGUACGAAAAUGCAACAGUUGGCUACACCGUGGGCAAAAUUCCUGUCAGUGCAGACCAAACUUAUGGAAAACCUCAAGUGUAUUAUCGCAUCUUCGGAGGUGAAAAUCACGAGUCAUUCGACAUUCACGCAACAACUGGUGCUUUGCUUGUCGCAAAUAAGCUCAAUUAUGAAAAAGUGCCACAUUUCAUAAUCAAAGUGAAAGCAACGUUACAAACGCCGUAUAGUUUCAGCGAAGCAACAGUGUCCGUGGAAGUGGACGUCUUGGAUGUGAACGACGAAAGGCCCCAGUUCGCCGAAGACCCCACAAUUUUCAUCGUGUCAGAGAAUACCUUAGUUGGAUCUCCAGUGUGGAAUUUUGUCGCCGUUGACAAUGACCCAGGACUGAAUGGAGUUGUCCACUAUGGAAUUUUUCACCAAGAACCCCAGCAGAAAUUUCGUAUAAAUAUGUUGACUGGAACGUUGUACCUCCAGUCCCCACUGGAUUAUGAGGCUUGCAGUUCGUACAUUCUGGUCGUUACCGCCACAGAUCAAGCCAUCCAAGUAGAGGAUCGCCUCAAUAGUUCUGUGACCGUGAAUAUCGUCGUUCAAGACGAAAAUGACAAUUCACCCGUGUUCAGUUCUCCAUCCUCCGUGGAAAUUUACGAAUUAGAACCUUUGAAAGCAGAAUUUCACACGGUCAUUGCCAAGGACUUGGAUUCUUUAAAGUAUGGCCAAGUGUCGUAUAAAAUAGUGUCAGGAAAUGACGAAGGGAUUUUCAACCUGCAUCAAGACAACGGACGACUUUCCCUUUCGAAAGCAUUGAAACGUGACGUGAAACGUUACUCACUUAACAUUUCUGCAUUUGAUCACGGAUCUCCUCCAAACGUGGUGUCUCAGGUUCUUUCGAUUAGUGUGAAGGCGGACAAAUCUCAUGCUCCACGAUUUUCCCAUCAAAAAUAUGACGCCAAAAUUAUGGAAAAUUGUGCCAUCGGUACACAAGUUGUGACCGUGUCCACGGGUGAUUCUGAUCGCAAUAGCACAAUAUACGUAAUUCUCGAGGGUCAAGGCGACGGGAAAUUCGCGAUUCAUCCGACCACAGGGAAAAUCACAGUGGUUGAAUUUAUUGACCGUGAAACGCGCAGUGAAUACUCCUUGGUCGUUUACCUACAAGACGCCAAGCAGUUGUACGUGUAUGACACGACCAUCGUACAAAUCCACGUACUUGAUGAUAACGACAACUCGCCAAAUUUCCACGAUUCUUGUGCUGAUUUGACCGUGCCUGAAAACAAUGAGUUGGGCAUUAUUCACGUUUUCACAGCGGAAGAUCCUGAUGUUGGUAAAAAUGGGGAAGUUACUUUCACCAUUGCUGCCGGAAAUGUUGAGAGCAUGUUCAAUGUGGAUCUUCACUCUGGAAAACUAACUGGAAGACCGUUAGAUCGUGAGAGGAGGAGUCAGUACAAUCUCAUAAUUGUUGCCCAAGAUCAAGGCUCACCUUCGAAAAAGAGCACGUGCAACAUUACAAUUCAUGUCGAUGAUGAGAACGAUUCGCCAAUUGUAUUUGCGCCACCAACAAAGUCGGAGGAAUUACUAUUAUUACGAAGCGUUAGUCAUCCCUCAUUCCAACAAGAGUCGCAAUCUGGCCAAUCCAUGUAUUCCGCGUCCAUCCCUGAAAAUGUGCCAAUUGGAACGACGGUGCUGAAAGCUCAGGCAAAUGAUGCGGAUGUCGGAGUCAAUUCAAUUAUAAAAUAUUCCUUGAACAAUGAGAGUCACUGGCAUUUCACAAUUAAUAAUUCCACUGGGGCAAUUUUAACUGCGGGAACUCUUGAUCGUGAAAAAAUCAGCAGUUAUGUCUUCGAGGUGGCAGCAACGGAUGGAGGGUUAUACGACUCUAGAUCUUCAACAGCAUCUGUACACUUAACAAUCACGGAUUAUAACGAUAACAGGCCGAAAUUUAAGAACAAUCCAAUGGUGGUCAAGAUACCACCGCUUUCAAAACCUGGCCACAACGUCAUCCAAGUCGUAGCAACUGAUGCGGACGAAGGAAUCAAUGCAGAAUUGACAUACAGUUUGGAAUCGUCUGAGCAAGAUUUUUCCAUAAAUCCACAAACUGGUCAUGUUACCUCGGUUAAAAGUAUGGGUUCCGAACGUAGAGUUUUCCACCUUAAAGUUAUCGCCAAAGAUCACGGGACUCCUUCUCUGUCAUCGACGGCCUUGUUGGUUAUCAAUGUUGGAGACGUCGAUUCUCAAAACAGUCUCAAGUUUCAAGAGAAUUCGUAUGAAAUAACACUUCUCGAGAACUUUGCUGCUGGAAAAGAGGUUUUAAAGGUUAUGGCCUUGCGAAACGAUGGACGAAAAUCUAGCAUCGAGUACGCAAUUGUUGGUGGAAAUGAGGAUGACGCCUUCGAAAUUAUGUCAAGUUCCGGCGUGAUUCGUGUAAAGGACUCGACGCGGUUGGACAGAGAACGCCAACCGGAAUUCAAGUUAGUUAUCUCAGGGAAAACGGAAGGUUCUCAGUCUCAGUUUGCUCACACAGUUGUCAAAAUUACACUUUCCGACGUCAACGACAACUUUCCUCACUUUACUCAAGAAUCUUACAUCGCUUCCGUGUGGGAGGGCAAUACGAAGGGAACGUUUGUUACUCAGGUCACUGCUACCGAUAAUGACGAAGGAGCAAAUGCCAAUAUCGUGUAUCACAUCAUUGAUGGCAACAGAGAUAAUGCGUUCCUCAUUGAGCCUCCUUUUUCGGGAAUUGUCAAAACUAAUAUCGUCCUAGAUCGUGAAAUUCUUGAUGAAUAUCGCCUAACAAUCAUUGCAACGGAUGAGGGUUCACCCCAAAUGACAGGCACUUGUUACCUCCACGUCAACGUAAUUGACAUUCAAGACCAGAGCCCCGUAUUUCCUCCACAUUCCGUUAUCGCAGUCAAGGAAAGCGCCCCGGUGGGCACGCUGAUAACAACGAUGGUUGCCAACGACGUAGACACGAAUCCCACCCUCGUUUAUGAUUUUAUGGAUCAGGGAAAUCCAGAGGGAAUGUUCUCCAUUGGAAAAUACACGGGCCGUGUGACUUUAAUUAAAUCAUUGGACUUCGAAUCUGUGAAAACACACACGGCAAGGAUUCAAGUUUCCGACACUGUUCAUACUGCGCAUACAACGUUGACUGUGAAUGUUUUGGAUGACAAUGAUCAUCGACCUCAAUUCUCCAAAAAUGUCUACCGAGUCAUUGUGUCCGAAGGUGCCAAAAUUGGAGGAAGGGUUGGACAUGUCAACGCCACAGACAAGGAUUCUAGUGUAAAUGGUGAAAUCAAGUAUUCCUUGCGAGCUACAAAGGGGCACAAGACGUCAACCAGAUUUCUACGCAUUGACGAAAACUCUGGGGUCAUAUAUUUGAACUCGACCGUGUCUUACCACCGAGAUAAACCAUUUUCACAAUUAAUAGUCGUCGCUACUGACAAAGGCAAACCGUCCUUGUCAUCUGAAGCUACCUUGUGGAUAGAAGUCAGGCCUUCACAAUCUCACAUUCUCAAAUUUUCUCAGUCCAAGCACAGAGCGGUCAUAAAUCAGAAUGCCAAACCCGGAAGUACAGUCACCCAGUUGUCCGUUGAGCGCACAGACCAACUCGUCAAAGGCUUGCAUUACCACUAUUCCAUCGUUUCUGGGAAUGACGGAGACUACUUUUCCGUCAACAGUCACAGUGGGCAAGUCGUGCUGGCAAAACCAUUGGACAAGAACAGCCCGACAUUAUUCACCUUGGUCAUUUCUGCCGAUUGUGUCAACCUGGAGCAGUGCAGCUCGUUUACUGAUUUAACAGUGGAAGUGAUUUCUCACAGCCAAUCUGGCCCAAUGUUUGACAAGUUAAACUAUAAAGUGACAGUGAACGAGGGUAAACCAGUCGGAACCAUUUUGCUCAAACUUCACGCCUCCGAUUCCAAAUCUAACGGGACAGUUUAUUAUGAAAUCACUUCGGGCAAUGAUGACAACAUUGUGGAGCUGAAUCGGAAGUCGGGCGUUCUCAUUCUGAAGAAAAAUUUAGACUUUGACCAAUCUAAUAACAAUUACCGCAUCGUUGUGAGAGCGAUUGAACAGCAGGACAAUUUCCAAAAAUCAUGGAACUUUACGAUGGUGGACAUUUCCAUUGACGAUGAAAAUGACAACGAACCCAAGUUCUUAUUCCCGACCUAUGUCGGCGUCGUUGGGGAGAACGAACCAAUUGGAACGACAGUGUUCACCGUGAAAGCGACGGACGGGGACAAGGGCAUUUAUGGAAAGUUGCAGUAUUCAAUUUUGGAUGGGGAUGGGAAGGACAAAUUUUCCAUCGCUUCAAGCACCGGCAUCGUCACCACGAAUGCAGCUUUCGACUACGAAUCGAAAAGUCGAUACUAUUUAAUCGUACGAGCGAAUGACAUUGGUGGGAAAUCUUCCACUGCAAAGUUACAGAUUGAAAUUGAGUCAAAGGAUGAAUUUGUGCCCCAAUUUAUCCAAAAGAAUUACAAGUUUGACGUCCCGAGAAACGCAAUGCCGGGUCAUAUCAUUGGCCGAGUGGAAGCAAUUGACCAAGAUCGUGGCCCUGAUGGCCUCCUAACUUACCAUCUCCUCAAACAAAAUUCCAACUUUGCGGUGAAUGCAUCCAACGGAUAUCUAAUUCUGAAGACGGUGCCCACUUCAAAUAUUAACACGACCCUGGCAAUUGUGGCCUCAUCGGGGCGAAACGGGUCUAAAUCUUCUCAAACUUCUGUCGAAGCCGUGUUGGGCGAAGCUCUGCAGGAACUGGAAGUUGCCACUUCAUCCACAACCGACUGGGUUCUUGGCAUACUCGUUGCCACCCUUCUUCUAUUGUUCGUCAUCUGUGCCAUUUUCCUGCUAAUGCACAUGAAGAACAAACGCCAGUCCAAGAAGGGAAAGAGUGAAGGGUUCAACAGCAACUUUGACACGUUAGACUACGCUGCAAACACAACAAUGCGGAUCGGCGGCAACAAACAAGACAGCAUUUACGGGUCCCAUUACGGCAACAUUAUGGACCUUCGAAACAACGACCGGCGGCGAAUGAACAAUGCAAUUUCCGAGUUGUCCGACCAGAGCAACUCUGCCUCGAGUGGGAGGGGGUCGGCAGAGGACGGGGAAGAAGUUGAGGAUGAGGAGAUCUGCAUGAUCAACGAGGGGACCUUGGUGCAACAGCGACUUCGAGGAGGAGCCGGGGGAAUGGAACAAGAUGACGACGAUGACGAUAAUGCAUCGCAAAGCUCAGCAAAAAAUACUCAAGAAUACCUGGCACGAUUGGGAAUUAGGCCAAAUAUUACAGAAGAUGGAGGACUUGCUCAUAACAAGGAUAAUAAUUUACACCUGUACGACGAUAAAAACUUGGGUGUUGACAUAUCCGCUUUAAUCUACUCACAAAUCUCACAAAUCUCGGACGAUCUCAACCACCAUUCCAUUUUAGAAGAUAAUAAGUCAAAUAGUAGCGUCACGUAUAAAAAUGUUCCACAGCCCUCCGUCACGGGCUCGCUUAGUUCCAUAGUUCACAAUGAGGAGGAGUUGGCAGGAAGUUACAACUGGGACUACCUCCUCGACUGGGGUCCACAGUACCAACCGCUGGCUCAUGUAUUCUCAGAAAUUGCUCACCUCAAGGAAGGCUCCAACCGGUCAGAGCCCACUUAUUGUGGAAUCCUCUCCACCGUGACGAACAACAUUUCCAGCAGCUCGUCAGACAAGGGGAGCAGCCACCAGAACUUUGGUGGUGGCAGUGCUGGUGGUGGUGGUGGGAGUGUAAAGGGAGGUCGAGGAGGAGGAGGCAACAUCCCCACCAGAACAGGACCUCUGCCCCCACUGCCAAUUCUGCCACGAUCGCCAAUUCCAAACGUGAUGAGUUUUGCAUCCGGUCCAAUUUCGCCAAGUUUCUCACCCGCACUCUCUCCCCUCGCAAAUAGAUCCCCAUCAAUUUCACCCUUAGGCAAUGUCACUUCUAAUAAAAUUAGACCGUCACAAAUUCAUCAAAAUUACAGAUCAGACUCAGAUUUAAGUAUGUAGCAGUAGUUGAGCAGGAAAUAGACACAUAUUUAGUUACGAAUCACCUCGCUGUUGUCCUCGUGUACUUUUUUUUUACUCUUGACCUGAUUAACAUUUUUUGUAGAAAAGAUCGACAUUUUUUCAAGCAACUUGUUAGUACAAUUAUUUCCAUUUCUGGUAAAAGCACAGACGAUUACUCGUAUUCGAAACCUUUCAGUAUUAAUUCAGGUAGAUUGUAAGUGGUUGAGCUGACUCAAUUAACGAACUUUUUCUCAAUCUGUCCACUUAUAACAAAUUGCGAUUUACAAUUAAUUUACAUGUAACAACACGUACUAAUAUUACAUACGUACGAUUACUUUAUUAGGCUGCUCAAAAAUGUCCAUUUAAUUUAAUUAUUCACGCCUGAACCCAUAAUCGAGUCAUUCACCAAUAAGUGACGAGUGCCAUAAAUUAAAUAACGCGACGUGUCCAUAAUUUUCCCACAGAAU